AUGUUUAUAGUACUUACUAGUGAAACAGAUGGAAAUUAUGUUGAACUGGGCCAUGAAACAGCUUGUGAGCGCCAUAAAAUAAGACUGAUAGAGGCUACAUCAUCAGGAUUUAUCAAUUUUGAAGAAGAGUUUAAUGAAAUUAUGCUGAUGGCUGAUAACGAAAAUGAAGCACGAAUUUUAUUGGAGGAAGAAUAUGACCGACAAUAUGAAGGUCUGGAUAAUUUAAACAAUCCGUUUAAAUCCUGGGCAGAAGAAAUUUUAAAAAGAAGUGAAUUAUUGUUAAGAGAAGGGUCAGGAAUUAAUGCAAUGUACAUGCCAACUUUGAUUCCACACAUAAUUAAAUGUUUAAAACUUCUCCCUUUAUGGUCUGGGUUAAUGGUACCUAUUUUUGGAUUUGGAGAUGAAACUACAAGUUCUGCAGCUGUAGAAUCCAGCUUCAAAAAACUUAAAACAUUAACAUUUAAAGAUAUUUCGCUUCCUACAAAUAUUGAGACGUUUUUAGAAAGACACAUAAUUUCACUGCGUGGUACAUCUCUUCUACGGUCUUCACAUCAAAAUGUAUUAUUAGACAGCCUUCAAUUACAUGCAAAUAAUAACAGUCAUCAAACUGAAAAUGAAGUCCAAAACGCAGAUAUUAUCAAUGAUCAAAGUGAAAGAGAAGACUUAGUACCACAAAUAGAUAAUGUUAGUAAUAUUCAAAGUGACAAUUUAAAUGAAGAAGACACAGCAGUAGAAAGUUGGAAACGUAGAUCUAAAAAACAAAGGACUACAAAAUCAUACCUUGUUCCUAAUCCUCAUUUAAGGCAUUUGGACAUAAAUAAAUCGAAAAAUAUAUUAUCAUUGCCAUUAUUAAAAAAUGGAUCUAGAGCAGAGGAACUAAAAAGUUGUGCUGUCCAAAGCAUUGGGAAAAUAAUUAUGAGCAACACUUGUGCGUUUGAUACGGUUUCCUCCAUUAUUAUGGUUGCUUAUUGUGAUAGUAUCAAAUACAGUCAAGAAUUAGACAAUUUUUUGGAAAAUAAUGAAUAUUUUUCAUUUAUAUCAAAAAUUGUAAGACAAGGUAUUACAUCGUCAACUUAUUCAGAUAGAGCUAGUAUAAUGGUUGGUAUUUAA